GGAAGCGGAAGCGGCGCCUAGGCCAUCCCCUCGAGCGGCCAUCUUGGAAGCUGAGCGGCGGUAGCAGCGGAGUCGCUGCGGCGGGUGCGGUGGGCUAAGUCCCAGCGCGGGUGCGGCUCACAGAACGGGCCUCACUCUUUCGCACCCUGCUCUGGCCUCGACCACGGCGAACCUGAACGCGGCGGCGGCCUCAGGGAGAGAUGAGCAAUAACAGCAAUAAGAGAGCUCCAACAACAGCAACACAAAGGUUGAAACAGGACUACCUUCGAAUUAAGAAAGAUCCGGUGCCUUACAUCUGUGCAGAGCCCCUCCCUUCAAAUAUUCUUGAAUGGCAUUAUGUUGUCCGAGGCCCUGAGAUGACUCCUUAUGAAGGUGGCUAUUAUCAUGGAAAACUAAUUUUUCCCAGAGAAUUUCCAUUUAAGCCUCCUAGUAUUUACAUGAUAACCCCCAAUGGAAGGUUUAAGUGCAACACAAGGCUAUGUCUCUCCAUCACAGAUUUCCACCCAGACACAUGGAAUCCAGCGUGGUCUGUCUCCACCAUUCUAACAGGGCUUCUGAGUUUCAUGGUGGAGAAGGGCCCCACCCUGGGCAGCAUAGAGACAUCAGACUUCACGAAAAGACAGCUGGCAGCACAGAGUUUAGUGUUUAAUUUAAAAGAUAAAGUCUUUUGUGAAUUAUUUCCUGAAGUUGUGGAGGAAAUUAAACAGAAACAGAAAGCACAAGAUGAACUAAGUAGCAGGCCCCAGAACCUUCCCUUGCCAGACGUGGUUCCUGAUGGGGAGAUGCACCGUGGCCAGAAUGGGAUCCAGCUCCUCAAUGGGCAUGCACCUGCUGCCGGCCCAAACCUCGCUGGGCUCCCACAGGCCAACAGGCAUCAUGGACUCCUGGGCGGCGCUUUGGCGAACUUGUUUGUUAUAGUUGGGUUUGCGGCCUUUGCCUACACGGUCAAGUACGUGCUGAGAAGCAUAGCACAGGAAUGAGGCUCAAAAGCUGCAAUCUGCAGUUGCUGCUGAGGGACGCAGGGGCCAGAGCUUGAUGCAGGCGGGAUGGACAUGCUGCUGAGCACAGGAUGGCCUGCUGGACUCCUGGGCUUCACUUUUUAAAAACCUUAAAAAGAAAGCAAAAACCAAAAUGUGUGAUUUGGAGGAGAUUGGAGGUUCCUAACUCCCUCUUGAGGCUGAUGUGGACAAGGACCACUCACGCUUUGGUUUUAUUGCUUAUCUCCUGUGUUGUCUUUUGGACCUGUUUAGUAAACCUUUUUUUUUGUUUUGUUUUGUUUUGUUUCCCAUUUUAUUAGAUUUGAUCACUUAAAAAUAUAAAACUUAAAUGCCUAUCAAAUAAAUACUGUGUGUAUUCUUA